UAAUGAGGCGGGGCGCGGCGGCUGGCUAAGGAGCUGCUGGGCGGCGGCAGCGGCGAGCGCGGAGCUGCCGGUGGGAGCGGCGUAGGCGCUGGGUUACCGGCCAGCGAGAACCAGGACAUGGAGCCACCCGGAGGGGGCCUGGGGCCCGGCCGCGGGACCCGAGACAAGAAGAAGGGCCGGAGCCCAGACGAGCUGCCUGUGGCGGGCGGCGACGGCGGCAAAUCCAAGAAAUUCACUCUGAAGCGACUCAUGGCAGAUGAGCUGGAGAGAUUUACCAGCAUGAGAAUUAAGAAGGAGAAGGAAAAGCCCAAUUCUGCUCAUAGAAAUUCUUCUGCCUCAUAUGGGGAUGAUCCCACAGGACAGUCAUUGCAAGAUGUUUCAGAUGAGCAAGUUCUAGAUCUCUUUGAACAGAUGCUGCUGGAUAUGAACUUGAAUGAGGAGAAACAGCAACCUUUGAGGGAGAAGGACAUUAUCAUCAAGAGGGAGAUGGUGUCCCAAUACUUGCACACCUCCAAGGCUGGCAUGAGCCAAAAGGAGAGCUCUAGGUCUGCCAUGAUGUACAUUCAGGAGUUGAGGUCAGGCUUGCGGGAUAUGCCUCUGCUCAGCUGCCUGGAAUCCCUUCGUGUCUCUCUCAACAACAAUCCUGUUAGUUGGGUGCAAACAUUUGGUGCUGAGGGCCUGGCCUCAUUAUUGGACAUCCUUAAACGACUUCAUGAUGAGAAAGAGGAGACUGCUGGAAGCUACGAUAGCCGGAACAAGCAUGAGAUCAUUCGCUGCUUGAAAGCUUUUAUGAACAACAAGUUUGGAAUUAAGACCAUGUUAGAGACAGAAGAAGGAAUACUACUGCUGGUUAGAGCCAUGGAUCCUGCUGUUCCCAACAUGAUGAUUGAUGCAGCUAAGCUGCUUUCUGCUCUUUGUAUCCUACCACAGCCAGAGGACAUGAAUGAAAGGGUUUUGGAGGCAAUGACAGAAAGAGCAGAGAUGGAUGAGAUGGAACGUUUCCAGCCGCUCCUAGAUGGAUUGAAAAGUGGGACCUCCAUUGCACUCAAGGUGGGGUGCCUACAGCUUAUCAAUGCUCUCAUCACACCAGCUGAAGAACUGGACUUCCGAGUUCACAUCCGAAGUGAACUGAUGCGCUUGGGGCUGCAUCAGGUGUUGCAGGACCUUCGAGAGAUUGAUAAUGAUGAUAUGAGAGUGCAAUUAAAUGUGUUUGAUGAACACGGGGAAGAAGAUUCCUAUGACUUGAAGGGACGGUUGGAUGACAUUCGCAUGGAGAUGGAUGACUUUAGUGAAGUCUUCCAGAUUCUUUUAAACACAGUGAAGGAUUCAAAGGCAGAGCCACAUUUCCUGUCUAUCCUGCAGCACCUACUGUUAGUCCGAAAUGACUAUGAGGCCAGACCACAGUACUAUAAGUUGAUUGAAGAAUGUAUUUCCCAGAUAGUUCUUCACAAGAAUGGGGCUGAUCCUGAUUUCAAGUGUCGGCACCUCCAGAUUGAUAUUGAGGGAUUGAUUGAUCAAAUGAUUGAUAAAACAAAGGUGGAGAAAUCUGAAGCCAAAGCUAUGGAGCUGGAAAAAAAGCUGGACUUAGAGUUAACAGCCCGACAUGAGCUACAAGUGGAAAUGAAAAAGAUGGAAAGUGACUUUGAUCUGAAGCUUCAGGAUCUUCAGGGAGAAAAGGAUGCUUUGGAUUCUGAAAAGCAAAAAAUUGCCACAGAGAAACAGGACCUGGAAGCAGAGGUGUCUCAGCUCACAGGAGAGGUUGCCAAGCUGUCAAAGGAACUAGAAGAUGCCAAGAAAGAAAUGGCUUCUCUCUCUGCUGCAGUUGUUGCUGUAGCUCCUUCUGUUCCUAGUAGUUCUACUGUCCCCCCUGCCCCUCCUUUACCUGGUGACUCUGGCACUAUUAUUUCAUCUCCACCUCCUCCACCACCUCCCCCUCCUUUGCCUGGGAGUGCUGCCAUCCCCCGACCCCCGCCUUUGCCUGGGAGUGCUGCCAUCCCCCCACCCCCUCCUUUGCCUGGGAGUGCUGCCAUCCCCCCACCCCCUCCUUUGCCUGGGAGUGCUGCCAUCCCCCCACCCCCUCCUUUGCCUGGGAGUGCUGCCAUCCCCCCACCCCCUCCUUUGCCUGGGAGUGCUGCCAUCCCCCCACCCCCUCCUUUGCCUGGGAGUGCUGCUAUCCCCCCACCCCCUCCUUUGCCUGGGAGUGCUGCCAUCCCCCCACCCCCUCCUUUGCCCGGGAGUGCUACCAUGCCCCCAUCUUCUCUCUUGUCUGGAGGAGUAGGAAUGCUCCCUCCCCCUCCUCCUCUUCCUGGUGGUCCUCAAAUCCCUCCACCCCCUCCAUUUCCUGGAGGCCCUGGCAUUCCUCCACCUCCACCUGCCCCGUUUGGAUUUGGAGUUCCUGCAGCUCCAGUUCUGCCAUUUGGAUUAACCCCCAAAAAGCUUUAUAAGCCAGAGGUGCAACUCCGGAGGCCAAACUGGUCCAAGUUUGUGGCUGAGGACCUUUCCCAGGACUGCUUCUGGACAAAGGUGAAAGAGGACCGCUUUGAGAAUAAUGAACUUUUUGCCAAACUUACCCUUGCCUUCUCUGCCCAGACUAAGAGUGAGUACCUUCCUCUUUAA